AUGGACCGGGAAUCCGCGAGUGUAGCGCGUUCCUCAGGUGAUGCACCUGCACGUAGCAGAGCUCGGCUGCAGGGCCGGGGAGGCGCGUCCGCAGAGGAGCAAGAGGACAGCGGCAGAGACGGUGACUUUGGGCGGCGACGGGACAAGUGCACGCCCGCGUCUCCGCCCCGCCGGGACCUUUGGUCGCACUUGGCUCCGGGCCGCGCUCCGCCCCGCCUCCCUCCCUCCCCUCCGAUUGGCCACUGUCCCGCCCCGCCCCCGGCGUCGGCCAAUGGGGAGGGCGCGAGCCGGAAGCCGGAAGCCGGAAGCCCGGCGGCGCCGGAGUCCCCAGGGCAGCUGCAGCGCGGCGGCAUGCGGGGCUUCAGUCCAGCGCUGACAGCGCGGCGUCUCUUCCCGCUGCGGGGCUUCGGCGUGGACCACGGCCAGGUGGCCGAGCAGAGCGCCGGCGUGCUCCAGCUGCGCCAGCAGCCGCGGGAGGCGGCCGUGCUGCUGCAGGCCGAGGACCGGCUGCGCUACGCGCUGGUGCCGCGCUACCGCGGCCUCUUCCACCACAUCAGCAAGCUGGACGGCGGCGUGCGCUUCCUGGUGCGGCUGCGGGCCGACCUGCUCGAGGCGCAGGCCCUCAAGCUGGUGGAGGGGCCGCACGUCCGGGAGAUGAAUGGCGUGCUGAAGGGCAUGCUCUCGGAGUGGUUCUCCUCGGGGUUCCUCAGCCUGGAACGGGUCACCUGGCACUCGCCCUGCGAGGUCCUGCAGAAAAUCAGCGAACCACAUGCGCACGCAGCGGCGAGCGGUGCGUGGAUGGUAAGUGGACAGCGUCUCGUCUUGGUGACCUUCCUGCUGACGUGUGUGUUCUCUCCACCUUCCUCCCCCACCGACCGUGCCCCACAGAAAGAGUUCCCUCAUCUCGGGACGUUUUCGAGUCUGUCUCCGAUCCCUGGAUUCACCAAGUGGCUCCUGGGGCUCCUCAACACACAAGCCAAGGAGGCCACGCGGAGCGAGCUGCUCACGGAUUCUGAACGUGACGAGAUCUCGGAGAUCCUCGGCGGCCCCGCCCACGAGGCCCUCAAGGUCUCGCUCAGCAGCAACGAGUGGGUGAGGUCGGAGAGGCUGGUCAGGGCGCUCCAGGCCCCGCUGAUGCGGCUCUGCGCCUGGUACCUGUACGGGGAGAAGCACCGGGGCUAUGCCCUGAACCCCGUGGCGAACUUCCACCUGCAGAACGGGGCCACCAUGUGGCGCAUCAACUGGCUGGCCGACACGAGCCUCAAGGGACUGAGCAGCUCCUGCGGCCUGAUGGCCAACUACCGCUACUAUCCGGACGAGACGGCCCCCAACAGCACCAGCUACCUCUGCUCGAAGACCAUCAAGGCCUCGGAGCAGGUGCUCAGCCUCGUGGCCCAGUUCCAGAAGAACAGCAAACUAUAAACCGGUCCUGACGCACUCAUCUCUGACUCAGGAAACAACCGUUUUCUGGACAGAUCAAGGGGGUUGGGGGAGCUAGGCUUUUUUAGUAAAGCAGAGCUAACGUGUGCCCUCUUGCCCAGAGCAAGGCCACACUGGAAGGCCGUGUCCUAACUCCCAUGGCGAGAGAGUGAGGCGUGGAGCCUGGGGCGAGAUGGUGGCACAGGUGGACUGGGUGGGGACGCCGUGCUGUCCCCAGGAGAGCGGCCUGGCGCCCUGCCAGAGCGGGCGCGGUGGCACCCCCGCCUUUAGAAAGCUCUAGAGCCUCCGCUGGCUGUGGCCCCAGGGUGGACCGGUGACAGGCUUGGAACGCGGUUCAGCCGUGGAUGUCCUAGCCGGUUCUCUCCGCUCGCUCCCAGGGCACAGAGGGCUGUGCUGCAUUUCACUCAAAUUUCGGAGAUCCCAAACGUAUGCAGAUGUUCGUGACCGUGCACCGUUCGCCAAAACCGUUGAGCACACGAGGUGUCGUCACUUGGGGCUUAAAUCGGGUUGUAAACUCUACGAUUUCCGUGCUGCAGGCUUCUCACGACCCCCAUAGUACAGAAGUUUCUUCCUCGGAGCAUUAAACCUGUGGUUGUUUA